UGAGUGUUGUUAUUAAUAUCUUUGUUUUUAUUUAGUCUUGUGUAUAAUAAAAUAACCUAUGAUAUUUAGUAAAAUUAAAUACAAAAAUCUUGUUGUUGUAUUACGCGUUUAGCAUUUAUAAUUUUAAUAUUUGCUAACUCUUCAAGCUGUUUUUACAAUGACAUCUGAUGUAUUGAAUGUUACUCGAAGAAAACUGAACGAUGCCUUGGGGGAAAAGUCUACCAAAUAUUUUAACCACAUGAAACAGUGGUUUCGUAUGAAAUUGACGAAAGAAGAAUUUGACGCUGAAGCAAGAAAUUUGUUAAAUGUAGACCAAGUCCACUACCAUAACGAAUUUUUGCUUGCACUGUUAAACAAGGUUGAAGGCCUAGCUGAAACAUCUAUAUCGAUAGCUCAAGAAAAAGCAGUGUCGCACAAUAGGAAUAGCAGGAGGCAUAAAAGGAAUACUAGGACUUCUGAAAAGUCCAACUUUGAACCUGCAGAACUCUUGGAAUACUUACCACCUAAUUCACCACCUGGUGCUGGUAGUGAUGGUGUCAAAUAUGCGGCACAGGAGGUAUUCCUACCAGAUCACGCAUUGGUGGUUGGCAGGUUCAUGCUUGCAGCAUGGGAACUUGGUCUGGAAGGGGCUGAUGAUGAUGCUGCUGACAUUAUAGUGGUUGCUGUUCAGAAUUUCCUCAAGAAUGUAAUAAGUGCAGUUUUAUCCCAACGCAAAGGCUACAAAAUGCGUGGAAGACACUUCAUGUAUGACGUGGGCGGGGAUGUGCCUAACAUGUGGCUGAGGAACACGUCAAAGUUGUACGACCCGCAGUUUGAAGGCAGGGUCAAUUUGGAUGAUGGUGUUGAUGCCCUUGGGCCGAGGUGUCCACCAACUAUUGAUGAGGUGGAGCACUCCGCUGCUUUUGAAAUUGCAUGCAGUGUGCCAAACCCCAAACCUAACGAUGAUAAGUUAACCAUAGAUGAGUUUUACACCACACUGCUGACUCACAAGAACACCAUAGCUUGUCAUUCUGUAUACGCUGUCAAUAUGGAAAGGCUCGCACUCAUGUUGAACCAUCCCAGCUAUUAGUAGAUAUGAACCCUUAGGAUUUAAUGUAAAUAUAAUAAUAUUUUAUUCAUAAUAAUAAUGCAGUUUUUAUAA